UCAAUGACAUCCUUUAUACCCACUGCAAUCUUGUCUGGUGUGUUUGCAGCGCUAUCAUCCGUAUUUGCCAAACUCUUUUCAGAUGAACGCACAGCUGUUUUCCGCGACGUAAUUAUGGACUCAGGCUACCUGCCUUCCUUGCCGUUCGCAAUGACUUCCGAGAUGUCAUUGAUUACAAUGCGCGUCUUGUGCUUCUGUCUCAUAUUUGGUUGCAAUUCCUUAAUGUGGACACUUUUCACCAAGUCACUCAAUACAGCACCUUCGUCUGUUCAAGUCACCAUUGUCAAUGGAGCAGUCAAUUUUAGCGCUUCUGCAAUUUUAGGUUUCUUGAUAUUCGAAGAGCCGCUGGCACUCCGUUGGUGGGUGGGUGCAGGCUUUAUCUUGGCCGGAACCAUCAUAUUGUCUCAAUCCCAAAAGAAACUCGAGAACAAAAAAUCGUCAAAAAAGACCGAGUAG